GGCUUCAAUUGCUAUUACAUCUUAUUCCGUAGGGUAAUUUAGUAAAACAGGACAACAUAAGAACGAAGAAGGAAAAUUGGAUUCAGCUCUUCGAUUGAUUCGCACGCUUAUUUUCUCCCUGAGGAAGCGAGAGAAUUCAAUUCAAUUGAGCAGUUGCUUGUGCUGCUUUUGCGGAGAUCAGCUGUUUAGCAAAAUGAAUGGCAGGGGCCGAGUUAGAUGGGAUGAGGCUAAUCUGGGAGAAAUCGAAGCAAAUAAACCUGUGAGACAGAAAAUUACUGAGCCGAAGACGCCAUACCACCCUAUGAUGACCGAUGAUGAGGAUGGAUCUCUGUCUCCUAUACGGGGUAGCUUCAAUGAUUGUGUUGGUGAUGCAAUUCAUGCAGAAGCAAUACGAACUGCUUUGACGGAUGUGGCAUCAUCAAGUAGAAAGAACACCCCAAGAUCUACUGGCUGGACAUCAUCUGAGGAUGAGGCAGAUGCUAUGGAACAAGAUGAUGAAGAUUCUGAGACAGAUAAAAAUGGUAGGAGUUUUAGGGAGCACAGAAGAGCUCAUUAUGAUGAAUUCCAGAAAGUAAAAGAACUCAGGCGAAAAGGCUCCUUUCUCGAUGAUGAAGAUGAGGAUGAGGAUGUUGCGAUGGGCAAGGAGAAGAGAUCCGGUUCCUCGUUAACUGCUGGUGUGAAGGAAAUAGAUAUCGACGAAGAUGCUACUGCCUCUUCGACUAAAAAAACUUCCGGACCUCCAGCUAAUGGAGCUUAGAUCAAAGCCAAGCUAAGACUUCCAUUGAUGAUUUCACUGACAUUGGAUUACAGUUUUUGGUUGAUACAGAAUAUGCUCAUAUAAAUUCUAUUUGAAUCUUUCAAUAUGCUCUUUGUUUGUAAAUAGUUCACUUUAUUUCCCCUUCACUGUAACGUCGUUACGCAAACCAUUUCAUAUCCCCUUCCAUAAACAAUUUUUUCUGUUA